AUGGUAUGUCAAGUUUGAAGAUUUAUUUUACAGGUUUAUGAUUAAAAUUUCGAUUAAUUGUUAUCAAAUUUGGAAAAAUGGAUUUACUUGUUUUUUAAAUAUAAGUUUUAACAAAAUGUCAAUAAAUUAUUUUUAGGCAAUAAGAAGUUAUUUUUUUAUGAAAAUAUGAUAAACAUGUAUGCUUUUAUUAGUUUAUGAAAUUUAGGUAAUAGAUGGAGAAGAAGAGGAAGAAGAUUCGUUAGUUCAACAUGGCUACAACUCCCAGCCACCUCAAAUGAUGUACAGCAACAGUGAUGUUGUGAUUGAAGAUGGAAACAGGAGAUCAUUCGAAGGGUCUAAAAGUCAAGGGAGAUGGGAUCACAUUGAAGAUAUUGAUCAGGUAUGUCUGGAUUUAUAAGAAAUUACAUGUUUUAUAUCACAUUUUACAAGGUGUAUAUAUGGUAAUCAUUUUACUUUAUUUUUAAAUAAUAUAUAUUGCUUUAGUUCUUCUCAUUAGUUUACGAGUAUCACAGAGGGAACGGCUUCUUGUGUGUAGCCCUGAAGCAUAUGUUUGCUUUGUUUCAAUUUAUAUUUGUGGUAUCAUUGUCGACUUUUCUCUUUCAAUGUGUAGAUUAUGAUGUGUUGUUUAACAAUAAGAAUACCACUGCCGAUGGGACGAUUAUCUAUGGAAAACGACAUAUUGAUGUAAGUGAAUCUAUUUCGAUAUUAAAUUUUAGGAAACGAAGAAAGGAGUUUUAUGUGUUAACACAAAUGGUAUGACUAGUUAAUUUUUUCAGGACGCGGUAAUCUCUUCAUGUCCAUCUCACUUUCAUCCAGUAGUUGUCUUUACUUUACUACUGGCCACCGUGUUUUGGGUUGCUUAUGUUCUUCGAGUCGGCUAUCGUCUUCUUCAACUUUUUGAGAUUCAGAAGUUCUACUACAAUGUUCUCGAGAUAGCAGACAAGGAUUUGCCUAACAUACCAUGGAGGGAAGUGGUCGAACGAGUAUGUAAAGCUCAACCAGAGUUACAUUUGAUUGUGAACCAGGAACAAAUCAGUGUGUCGGAUAUCUACCAAAGGAUUUUACGUUACAAAAACUACAUGGUCGGUCUUGUUGACAAUGUAAGUUGAUGUUGAUUGAUUGCCAAGUGUUUAGGACGUUUUAAAUCUGGAAAUCACACUGCCAUUUAUGGGAAAAGUAGACUAUCUGUCAGCUGGACUGAGGUUGAACUUGGAAUGGCUGUUCUUCAGAGGUCCGUGGGCUCCGUGGAAGGGACCUUAUGCUUUGAAGGAUGAAUUCAGAGACGCUGAGAUGUUGAGUAGCAUCUGUAAGUUGAAUUAGAAGCUAGGAGGUUUAUUUUUUAUAUUGAUAGAAUUGUACGGUGGUUAAUAUGUAUAUUUAUUUAAAGAGGAUAUAUUGGACGAUUGAUAUUUUUUAUGUUGUUAAUCGUCUUAUUUAGCUGCUCAGUUCGAAAAGACAAUAAUGUAUAUCGGAAUAGCGAACUUGUUAUUGUCUCCAUUCAUCUUUGUGUUCCAACUCUUGUUCUCCUUCUUUUCUUAUGCUGACAUCAUGCGUAGAGAUCCAGCUGUGUUCGGAUCUAGAAAAUACUCGAAUUAUGCUCGGUAAGUGUUACCUAAAUUUUAUUUUUUAUUUUUAUGCCAACUUUAAACAUGAACUGCUAAUAGUAUUUUCUAAUUGAGAAGUUUCAGAACAAAUUGUUUAAUUGAUUUUUUCAGAUUAAAAUUGAGACAUUACAAUGAAUUGGAGCACGAGUUGAACUACCGGUUGAAUAAGAGUUACGAGUUUGCAGUCAAAUACAUGGACCAGUUUAUGUCGCCGGUAGCUGAAGUUGUGGCCAAGGCUGUUGCUUUUACUUGUGGCAGUGUCUUUGCCAUUAUCUUUUUGUUGUCGGCUUGGGACGAAGAUGUUUUGAACGUAAGUUACACUCAAAGUUUGAAAACUUUUUUUCUUAAAAUUUUUAUUUGUUGAAAACUUCUGCAAUACGAAUUGUAAAAUAGACUAUAUAAUAUACAAUCUUUUUAGAUUGACCACGUGAUUACUGUAAUGACAGCAACAGGUGCUAUUGCUUUGCUCUGCAGGUCUUUCAUUGCUAACGAGAAUCUUGUGUUGUGCCAGAACUUCUUGAUGAAGCAAGUCGUCGCCCACAUUCACUACGCUCCGUCAUCGUGGAUCAAAGGUGGUCAUUCCACUGAAAUCUGCUCCGAAUUCAGCAAAUCUUUCCAACUCAAAGUCUACUUCUUGAUUGAGGAACUGUUGUCUCCUUUCAUAACUCCAUUCAUUCUGUUACUGAAACUGAAGCCAAAAGCUGGUGCUUUGGUACACUUCUUCCACGACCACUCACGGUACGUUGAAGGAGUUGGCGAUGUUUGUGAAUACUCUUUGAUGGAAAUGCCAAAGGAUGAAAGUGAGGAUCAGAAUCAAGACAACGACCUCCCACCUACUCGGGUACUCUCGUGUGGAAGGAAGCGAGAUACGGUUAAAGUAGAGCUGAGUUUGUUGAACUUUGUCACUCAGCAUCCUUUGUGGAAGCCGUCGGCCAGAAGUAAGGAGCUGAUCAAGAAGAUCAAGGGUGUUGUAAGUUACUUUUUCAAACCUUUUUGUUAAAGUGUAAGCAAUUCUGUUUUUUUGAUAUUAUUUUUAGGUAUUUUUUCAAGCGACUUUCUAAUAAUAACAUGUUUUUAGUGGACGAAAGAGAUUGGAAUUAUAAUGGACAACGACAACAUUGCUCAAAGUGUAAAUAUGGGUGGAGCCGAGAAGAAUGUCAUAUCUACCUUACUGGAGUCGAAUAAGUCUUUCUAUAAGAAGUCUGAGACUGCUGAUGAAAGUAAAUUCGCCGAAUCUGCAGCAGCGGCAAUGUCAACAUCAUCAGUUGUGCAGUCGAUUCGAGAAAGCCAGUUUGCACCAAGUGCUAGUAACAGAUUUGUGCCAUUAAACGAUCAGGUUAGAGGUAAUAAAGUUUUCUGAGGGUAUUUAUUUUUUAGUUUAAAAAUUUUUAUUGUUAUUUAAACGUCUAUUUUUUGAAUUUUAAUUUAUCAAUGUUACUUUAGACGAGCAAAUGCGCGCGUUGGAGAUGUCGAUGAAUGCUCUGGCUAUGGCUACACUUCUACAAGACAAGCGGAGUAUAUCGAUCGCGUCAGCCAAUGUGCCACAUUACGGUGCCAAUAUCUCCACUGAUCAGCCAUCAACUUCUGAAGUUUCUCAACGACCAACACAGUCUCAAAUUCAGUCGAACAUUUGGGAAGUAGCUGAUAACAACAGCACGAUCAACGAGAGUCAGUACGACGAGAUCAACGAGGAUCCGGAAGAAGACGACGACGACCACGAACUCCUUCCUCCAGGCGGCUUCAAUGUCUAA